ACCCACCGUACGCGGACUGGCGGGAGACGAUCAAGAUCGCGGAACGAUUCGACGAGGAGACGCUGGACACCUUUGCCCCUAAGUACAUGAACUUCCUGCCCAACACCUACGUCUUCACCAAAUCGCUGGCCGAGCAAAUCGUGCAGGAGUAUCAGGACGAGCUUCCGCUCAUUCUGUUCCGUCCCUCGAUCGUUAUCUCGACCAUGAAGGAUCCCAUUCCGGGCUGGAUCGAUAACUUUAAUGGGCCCGUUGGGUUGCUCGUCGGAUGCGGCAUAGGCCUUUGCCGGACCAUGUACUGCGAUCCGAACAACAUUGCCGACUUUACACCGGUCGACGUUUGCAUCAAGGCGAUGAUCGUUGCCGCCUGGAAGAAGGGAACGGCAGUCAUCCAGAGUACCCCGAUAUCGGUGGAAUCGCCGCAGCUGCCGGUGUACAACUGCUGCAUCUCGAACCUGCGCAACUCGACCAUGUCCCAGAUUGUGCACAUGGCGAAAACGCUGGCCGUCGACAUGCCGCUGGACAAAAUUCUGUGGGCCCCGGGAGGCAACCUGACGAGCAUACGCUACUGGAACCUGAUCCGGGUCAUGCUGUUCCACAUCAUGCCGGCCAUACUGGUGGACUUUCUGCUGCGGAUGGCCGGCCAGAAGCCGUUCGUGGCCAAACUACAAAGGAAAAUCUACACCGCCAACGUUGCCCUGGAAUAUUUCAUCCUGCACAAUUGGGACUUCAAAAAUCGAAAUUUUAUUCACUUAGCUACAGAAAUCAAACCGGAAGAUAACAAAGACUUCUACUACCGAGACUUUGUCGAGUUCGACGUCACGCUGUACUUCCGCAACUGCAUCCUGGGGGCGCGACGCUAUUUGCUAAAGGAAAAAGACGAAAACAUACCUCGAGCCCUUACGCAUCUGAAACGGAUGAACAUGUUGGACACGUUCUGCAAAUCUAUGCUGCUGCUGGGAUUCUUGUACCUCGUGUUGAUCAAAUGUGAUCUGCUCGGUCUGCUGCUGCACUCUGCCUCGUAUCGGACGUCGUACAAGCUAGGAUUGGAUCCUCUCGAAGUUUGAGGAAGUUGCUGGUAAUAAAUUUUCUUCUGUUCCAA